AUGACGGACGUCUUGAAUGCAAGCAUCAGAUACAUGCCGCAGAGGCCACUUCCGUUGUCACAGAGCUUGCGAGUCUCACCACCACCCUUACCGGUCGAGACUUGGGACCACGUCAUCGACUAUUUACGAUAUUGGGGCCUUUGGGAUGAUCUAGCGGCCUGCUCCCUGGUGUGCAGACGAUGGCGCGCAAGGAGCCAGUCCCACCUUGCCAGGAGAGUGCGCCUCUUGCGUCGCGGCGACGUAGUGACACUGUCGCGUGAAAUACGGAGCGGAAUCCGUACUAGCGACACUCUCAAGGUGACCGACAUCGAGGUCACGGUCAAGAACUCGCUGUUUGGCAAGAGGGACACCAUCAGCCACCUGGGGACCUUCGUGCCGGCCCUCGCUGGACGUUUCGCGAACCUGAUGAGGCUGUAUCUAAAGGGAGAUUGGCCCGCCGGGAUGAUGCACCAAGACUUCUUCAUCCACCUUUCUGCAUUCUCUUCCAUCACCCAUCUCUCCCUUGUCGAGCUUCACCUCCCUAAUGUCUCCGUUUUCGGUCGAAUGGUUUGUGCACUACCGAACCUUGUUUCCAUCAAGUGCCAUCGGUGCACUGUGACUGCUGGACUCGACGUCGGAGAGGAAACUCCUGGCCAACCGGGUAUAGUCCCUCCUAGAUAUGCGGUAUUCAGAAGCAGGUCGCUCAAGCUGCAGCAGUUUGGCUACAAGUUUGCUGCUCACUCGGACAUCAUGCAGUUCAUGACAAUUUGCGGAUGGAACACCGGCUUAGAGGAUAUCUCGCUGGACUGGAGCUUUCUCGAUGAUCCAGAGACACCUUUGAUUGCACCUUUCCUCGCCGGCGCUCGCGAAUCCCUGCGCUCCUUGACGUUCGCUGUCGCUGGACCGCAUCAACCUCAUGAUCGCACCAUCGGCAGUCGCCGCCUCACGACGCUGACUAUCUGGUUGGCCCAAUCUGUCAUGCGUGUGCAGGGCUCGGGCGAGUAUUGGAUGGCUCGUCUGCUGUCUCACAUCAAGUCGGAGGUCAUUCGCGAUGUGACAAUCGUCUUGGAUACACACGAGGACAGCUGGCAACAAGAAGACAGGACGACGAGAGUUGCCAGUCUGACCGAGCGCCUGCCGAUGAGUUUGUACAGGUGGGUCGAUUCGGACCCCGCUCGUCAUCUGAGCAAGCACCGCUGCAGCCAGAUCGAAGAUGUGCUACUACUUCCGCAAUAUGCGACGCUUGAGCGCGUCGUUGUCGAGUACAGAUACCGUCAAGAGAACAGCGGUUCUCUGUCCAUAGGCGAGACGCAGUGGUCGACGGUCAUGCAAGCCCGCUUUCCACGAUUGUACAAGCAAGGGCUUCUGUUUACACGAGAAAAUGACGCUGGGCCGUGCAGCGACAUGGCUACGUUGUCCAAAGACCACCACAGCAGCCGGCUGGACUCAAAGCAACAGUACUUCGACUUCUUGUUAGCGUUUGUCGAAGUGUGGGAGGAAGUCUUCGACUGCUUGUACGAUUGGGUGGAUUACGAGAGCUUGCAGAAUUGCUCGGCAGUCUGCAAACAGUGGCGCCAAAGAUGUCUCCUUCAUCUGCAGAUUACUACGUUGGUGCUUUCUGAUCGGGAGCAAGUCGCUCGAGUAGCGAAGGCCACACGCGCAGGCUACUACCCGGCAGGCAGCAUACAAGAAGUCGUAAUCGGCUCUCGCACAUGGCAGCCGAUCCCUCACCUCAAUUCCUUCGUCGCCAUGUUUGCAAAUAGAUCCUUCAACGUGAAGCAGAUCGCCAUCCAGUACGCGCUCUGGCGUGCCGGCGACGUCCGUCCAGACGUCUUUCUCCACCUCUCUGCGUUCACUUCUGUCGUCCGUCUCUCCCUCGGGGAAGUCGCAUUCCCUGAUUUCGCCACUCUGCGGCAUCUCAUAUACGCGCUGCCUAGUCUGCAAGGUCUCGGGUGCUGGGGCGUGACAUUCUCCAACACUAAGUCAGGGCCUCUACUCUCGUCUGCAUGUUCUCCCGCAUAUUCGAGGCUCAAAUUGACGAAGCUGAGGCUCUGCGGCGGCACACAGGAGAUCGAGGCGCUUGCUCACUUCUUCGUCGAUUCGGGCAUCAGUGCGCUUGUGCACGACCUGCUGGUGACAUACCGGCUGGGACGCCCGGCAACAGACGUUCCCGCCCUUUCUGUGCCGAAUAUGCAGCGAAUGCUUCAGUCUUCUGGGACGUCUCUGCGCACAGUGCACAUCGACGUCGUCAAGCUCCAUCGAAGGGGCGGUGCGGCAAAUCCAGUAUUGUUCCACAAUGGAAAGCUUGAAUCGAUCAAAUUGCGCUUUGACCACAUUCCGGGUGGCGGUCCCAUGUGGUACUGUUCUAUGCUGGCCGGCAUCAGUUCCCCGAGAGUUACGAGAUUACACCUGGUAUAUUCACCUCAACUGCUGGACUCCCUGAAAGAGGACCCACACACUGUACUCGCUCAGACGCUGAAAGAAGAUCAUUGCGCUCAACUGGAAGGGAUCUUAAAUACCAAAUUGUUCGCGCGACUCCACGAUGUCGUGCUGGAGCUGCGGUGCUCUCCUCAAUACACGCAGAUAGACGAGGCUUCUUGGUCAAAGACGCUGAAUCGCUGGCUUCCUGGGCUCCAUGGUCGAGGCAUCCUACGCACGCCUGUAGUCGUAGAUUUCACCUCCAAGCAACGACUGCAGAGAGGGAAGAAGACAGUUCGUGGACCAGCGACGGAUGAGGAAAUCGACCGAUCAGGUCAUCAUUUCAAUCAAGCCUAG